CUCUCUCUCUCUCUCUCUCGUCCUUCCUACUUGUGCUUUAAAAGUUAACAGAACUAACAGUAACCAUGUGUCAAUCAAAUAAUCCAGAGACCAACUUCAAAGACGGCCAUCCCCAUACAGACGCAGUCUUCGCUGCACCGCUUAUCGCCAAGACCCAGAGCAACGAUGAAUCCCCCAACAUCAAAUCCCCACCGCCGGCGCCUGCUCGCCAGCUUGCGAUGUCCUUCAUCGAAAUAAAAUCAAUUUUUUCCAUAUCACUUCCCAUGAUUCUGACCGGCCUUCUCCUCUACUCCCGCUCUAUGAUCUCCAUGCUCUUCCUCGGCCGCCUUGGCAGUCUAGCACUCGCCGGUGGGUCCCUCGCAAUCGGUUUCGCCAACAUAACCGGUUACUCUGUUCUCUCUGGUCUAGCCACCGGCAUGGACCCCAUCUGCGGCCAAGCCCAUGGCGCCGGCCGACCCCAAAUUCUCGGGCUCGCCCUCCGCCGCACCAUUCUGCUCCUCCUCUCCGCCUCCCUCCCCAUCUCCCUCCUCUGGCUCUCCAUGCGCCGCAUACUCAUUUUCUGCAGUCAAGACUCCACCAUCGCCGACGCCGCCCAAUCCUUUAUACUCUUCUCUCUCCCUGACCUUGUCCUCCAAUCCUUCAUCCACCCCCUCCGCAUCUACUUCCGCUCCCAAUCCAUCACUCUUCCCCUCACCACAACCGCCGCCGCAACAGCCGCCCUCCAUUUCCCCAUCAACCACCUAUUCAUAAACCACUUCCAUCUCGGCAUCCCCGGCGUCGCUCUGGCCACCGUCUUCACCAACCUCAGCCUCCUUAUCCUCCUUAUCAUCUACCUGCACCUCUCCGGCGUUCACUCCCGCACCGGUGGCCUCAUCCCCACAUCCCAGGACGGCACCUUCUCCAUCUCCGGCUGGCGUUCGCUUCUCUCUCUCGCCGUACCAAGCUGUGCCUCAGUCUGCUUAGAAUGGUGGUGGUACGAAAUAAUGAUUCUCCUCUGCGGCCUCCUUAUUCACCCACAAUCGACCGUAGCAUCCAUGGGCCUCCUUAUCCAAACCACAUCAUUAAUCUACAUUUUCCCCCACUCUCUCAGCGCCGGUGUCUCCACCCGCGUCAGCAACGAACUCGGCGCCAACCGCCCUGCAGGAGCCCGACGAACUGCCACCCUCGGCCUAGCCUGCGGCGCCCUCCUUGGCUUCACCGCCUUCUCUUUCUCCAUCUCCGUUCGCCACGCAUGGGCUAAGAUAUUCACCACUGAUGACGAGAUUAUCCGCCUUACAACCACCGUGUUGCCGAUUUUAGGACUAUGCGAGCUCGGAAACUGCCCUCAGACGACGGGCUGCGGCGUGCUCCGCGGCUGCGCGCGGCCUCGCACCGCCGCAAACAUCAACCUUGGAUCAUUUUAUGGUGUGGGGAUGCCUGUGGCCGUUGGGCUCGCGUUCUUGGCAAGGUUUAAUUUUCCCGGGCUUUGGCUCGGGCUGCUUGCUGCUCAGGCCACGUGUCUCGCUCUAAUGCUCUCUUCUGUCACCAGCACGGACUGGGAAUUCCAGGCUGACCGCGCGCAGUGCCUCACCGGCGGAGAGAGUAAUGAUAAGGAGGAUUGUAAGCCCAUCGCCAUCAAGAUCGAUCAAUGAGCAUUGCUAUUUACAAGUAUAAAGCUGUUGUUAAGAGCUCUCGUCGGCUUCCUCGCUCACUCACUUACGUGGCGGUAGAGGAGAGAGAAACAGAGAUCGAGAGAGAAGCCCGGCGGUUUGCCAAGUGGGCGGGCCUCAGGCUGGUCCGCCCGUCCGUCAUAACGCUGCGCCGUGAUUGCAUUUGUUGUUUCGGAGGAGAAAAUUUUGCGAAGAAAUGUCGUUUUUUGGAUGGGCUUCCCGAUAUUAGCGAAUCCGGUGCGCUUCGAGGUGGCGUCAUUCUUAGUCUUGUUCAUUCUUUUUUGUCUUAUUAACAGCCGGAUUUUCGAUUCAGAAAAAAGACUUUUUUUCUGUUUUAUAAUAUGAUUGGGUUAAUCUAUGUAUUGGAAACCUUAAUAAUCAAUUUUCAGGAGAGGUCAGUGAUUUUA